AUUUUGGUGACUAAUUGAUCAUUGUAGUUAAAUCUAGUGCCUUUGAACAUUUUUGCAAUAUAAAUUUUGGCUACCACCAGUAAUUGGUCUUUAAUCAGUGAUGCAGAAUCAAAUCUGCAGAAGGAAAGAAAAAUCAUGAGAUGAAUUAACUUAAAGUUUGCGUCUUUUCUCUUGCUGACUGAUAUGAAUGCAGUACGUGAUAUUGAAGAAAAGCAGAUUGUCCAUCUGCACAAAUGGGAGGAGGAAGAAAUGAGCAGCAAAAAUAAACAGCAUGUUUAACAAAACGUUUUUCUUUCCUUUCCUUAGGAAGGAUGACUGAAUAAAGUUGAAGAAGUAACAGGUCUUUUUUACGAAGAGUUGGUUGAAACAAACGUUUAACAAUAAUCUUGGUUUUUUGAAUUAUCCGGAGAUUAACCAUGCCUGCCGCCCAGAUUUUGCAACCUGUUCUUAAGAUGAAAGUUGAUGAGCUCUUUCUGCAUUGGUUGAGUGAGACAACUACACAGUCCAUGCUGAAAGAUUAUCUGAAACGAAUAGAAAGUGGAGAAACAAUUGAUAUAGGCAUUGGUAAUGCAACAAGUGAACAAACUCCAAAUGGAAGCAAUAAUAAGAAUCAUUCUAACUCUGAGCUAAAUAUAUUGGGCUACUCAAAAUCCCCUUUCAUGACUUCUAAAUACUGCUCAAGUACUCCAUCACAACUUGCUUCAACUCUCCCGUCUGGUACAUGUACAAGUCCAAGAAAUGGAUUAAAUGCUCGAACACGGAGAUCAUCUGGAAUUAAAACAGUUCAAGCAAAGAAAGAGAGCCUCUUGCCUCCGACACUGAGCGAGUGCAUUCCAAAAUUUUAUUUUCCUCAAGGGUGCCCUAAGAAAACAUUUAAUGUAGAUGCAGUAAUUGCCAGAAUAGAAAAUGCUUUUGUUGAGUUUGAGAAUGAAAAAGCAACCUUGGAAGAUAUGGGAAAAAUUGCCAAGGCAUGUGACUGCCCUCUGUAUUGGAAAUCCCCGUUGUUUUGCGCUGCUGGUGGGGAAAGAACUGGAUAUGUAUCUGUCCAUAAGUUUAUUGCAAUGUGGAGGAAAAUCUUGCAAAACUGCCAUGAUGAUGUUUCUAAAUUCGUACAUCUUCUGUCAAAACCUGGAUGCAACUACUUGGAGCAGGAUGACUUCAUUCCAUUGAUACAGGAUGUGGUGAAUGCACACCCUGGGCUAACGUUUCUCAGAGAAGCAACGGAAUUUCACACUCGAUACGUCACCACAGUCAUACAGAGAAUAUUUUACACAGUAAACAGAUCAUGGACAGGACGUAUGACAUGUACUGAAAUUAGGAAAAGUAACCUUCUGCAGAAUCUAGCCUUAUUGGAAGAGGAAGAUGACAUUAAUCAGCUGACAGAAUUUUUCUCCUAUGAGCACUUUUAUGUGAUCUAUUGUAAGUUCUGGGAACUUGACACUGACCAUGACCUCUACAUUGAUCAGAAGGACCUGGCAAGACAUAAUGAUGAUGCUAUAUCGAGCAGAAUGAUAGAAAGGAUUUUCUCUGGAGCCGUUACAAGGCAUAAGAAUACUAGAAAAGAAAGGAAAAUUGGUUAUGCAGACUUUGUGUGGUUUUUGAUUUCAGAAGAGGAUAAAAAGACACCAACCAGUAUUGAGUACUGGUUUCGCUGUUUGGACCUCGAUGGAGAUGGAGUGCUAUCCAUGUAUGAACUGGACUAUUUCUACGAGGAACAGUGCAAGAAGCUUGAAUGCAUGUCUAUUGAACCAUUGCCUUUUGAGGACUGCCUUUGUCAAUUGCUUGAUCUUGUUAAGCCAGAAUGCGAAGGAAAAAUCACACUUCACGAUCUGAAGAAAUGUAAGAUGGCAAAUUUAUUUUUCGACACCCUUUUUAACAUCGACAAGUAUUUGGAGCACGAGCAAAAGGAUCCUUUUUCUAUCCAGAGGCAGGAUGUGGAGAAUGAGGGACCAGAAAUGACUGACUGGGAGCGGUAUGCUGUAAAUGAGUAUGAAAGUCUGGUGGCAGAAGAGGCAGCUAACGAGAACUGGAAUGAUGGGGACUCUGAACUCUCUGACUACUGAAGGACCCCACUGUUUUGUUCCAAAAAAAACAUUUGAAGUUUGGAUCCUUUUGAAAUGAGUGUUCGUUUAAAAAAAAUAAUAAUCAGCAUCCAAGAAAUGAGCUGAAAGUUAACUGUUGAAGAUUCUGAAGUGCCCUGUGAUGAGUGUGGAGUCUUUUGGUACAGAUGAACAUUGAUUCAAGAGUACAUCGUCGGAUGUGGGAGUCCCUGCAGCAGGUCUGCUUUGGAGAACUUUGAAAUACAAGCAACAAAUUUAAAAUCAGAAUUGAAUUGCUCCUGGCCUCUUUACCAAUUGUAGGCAAUGCUGGAGGAAAAGUUUUUUUCAAAACCCUCGUUUUCAGUUUUAGAGUUGGAGUGAACACACAGAAUCUUUCUAAGUUGUAAGUUUGAGAAUAGCUGUCAAGAAUGGAAUGGCACGUAUGUUGGACAAAGAUAAGUGAGGUGAGUUUCUUACUCGUCUUCCCUGGAAGCGCAGAGUAUUUUCACUGUGCAGUGAGCUACUUGGUACUCCAUUAAUUCUGGAGCAAACGUGACAUCUGUGUAACUCACGUAUUGCAGUUGGCUGGAGGUACAAGUGGGUUCAAAAGCUAAACAUAAUUUUGUAAAAGUCAACAUUAUACAGCAGAGGAUUUAUUGCAGUGAUGCACAAGUAUUCGUUGUUUAAUGGUUCUUUUUGACUUCCAUCACUUUUUAAAAAAAAACAAUGUAGCUGCAUACUGUAAAGCCAUAAAAACUGAGGUGCCUCACCUAACUAUUGUUAAAUGUAGUGAACUAAGUGUGGAAGUUAAAGAAAAUAGUAUGGAUUUUGUGUGAAAUUGCUCUUACCUGAAUUUGCUCUUACACACUGCAGUGAUGGUUCUGAACACUUUGGUAAUAAUGACGUUUCAGUCAUCUGGACCACUGAAACAUUUACAGCAUCUCUGCAGCUGACUUUUAUUAGUCAUCUCUGGUUAGCAUUUAGAACAUUCAAUUCCUGUUUGGAUCAACCGUCACUACAUUCCACAAGAACAAAAAUAUAUCGCCGACGUACGAACAUUUUUCCAUUCACAGUUGCCCAAUGAUCACUCUGCGCUGACCUUAACAAUGUGCCUUAUGUUUAAAGGGUAAGGUUUUUUUUUACACAAAAUAUUUGAAAUGAAAAUUUGCUGUGGCAAUCUAAGUUAUUAGAAUAUGGUGUACAUAUUUAAUCUUUGUGUAUAAUUUGUUUUAUAGAAUCUUGCAGUGUAUAUUUGUUGUGCGAAUUCAUACUUUUCUGUGUUGAGAUCAUGAGCUUGUGUAUUUUUCAAAAUAAAAGAGAUGUUUCGAUACUA